AUACGAAUAUACGAUAGUACGAUACACUGAUAAACCAGCUUUUAACCGAAACCUCAAGAACUCAUAACCAUGAACACCAGAUAUUAGUUUAAAGUUUUACAUUUUUAGUUUUUACAGUUUUAUAGUGUUUUUUUUUCAGUUAGACGCAAUUCGCAAUUUGUCCAUAACAGGUGUUAUGCAGUAAAAAAUGUCGAAUAAUAGCAUUUCAAUAUACAAAUUCAAACCAUUUCAGUUCACAGUAUUAAAGAAAAAUCUUGAUCCACAGCAACGUCCAUUGGCGAGAAGUGGACAUCGCGUGGUGUGCAAUAAUGUCUAUUUGUUCUCGUACGGAGGUUUCAAUCCUCAAACAAAUGAUGUUCUUGGUCACAGAGUGUCAUCAGCUAUGCGGGAGCUUUGGAAGUAUUGUUUUGAUUUAGGUGAAUGGAAAAUAAUUAAGUGCCAGAAUGUUCCUCAAGAACUAGCAUCUAGUUCAGUUACACUAUCUGGUAACAUAAUCAUUAUAUAUGGGGGUACUGGAGUUCCAUUUGGAGCGUUUUGUAGCAAUCGCAUGUACUUGGGAAAUUUAGCCAAUGAGUAUAAAGAAAAUGGAAUGAGCUUUGAAGAGUUAGAAGUGUCUGGAGAUGUUCCACUACCAUUAUAUGGACAAGGGGUUGUAAUGGAUGGUAAAUAUAUUUAUUCAAUUGGUGGCACAUCUGGUUUCGAAUACGAGAUGGAUGUUCAUCGAUUUGAUUUGAGUACAAGAAAAUGGGAGUUGUUACAUAAAUCACUUGGAGAAAGUCAAGAACCUGAACCUAGAUAUCGACAUGAAGUGGUAUUCUACAAAGGUAGAAUAUAUAUAUUCGGUGGCGGACGAGGUGGUUCCAGGAAUAUAUAUUAUGGUUUUUCGAAAAUCCAUAUGUUUGAUGUGGCCACCAGAAAGUGGGAAUUCCUUCCAGCCAAACACGACCACAGGGUACCAAGACCUGGAUAUCCGAAUAAUCGAAGCUGCCAUAGCUGUGUUCAAUGUCCUGAGAAAUCUAAUUUGGUGUAUAUAUGUGGUGGUUUUGAUGGUACCCGAUCCUUCAAAGACGUUUGGCGUUUUGAUUUUGACACCUUGCAGUGGGAAAAACUUACUAAAUGUAUAAUGCCUCGGCCGGUGUACUUCCACUCGACUGCUGUAACACCUUCUGGUCGUAUGUGUUGUUAUGGUGGCAUAGUUUCUCACGAUGAUAUAGAUGUUAGAGGUGGCCGUUCAAACGAUAUUACUAGUGCAUGGAUUAUGAUACCCAAAUUGAAAGUCAUAUGUUGGGAAGCAAUGGUUUACUAUUUCAAAGAUCAGAUGUUUGAAUCUAGUGAUGAGUCUCUAAAGAAAAUUGGUUUACCUCAAGAAUACUAUGAACGAAUAAUUGAAGCACGUAGAAUUUGUUAAAUUAAGUUAAUUUAAAAAAUACAUUUCUUCAUUAAAGUUUUCUAGAACAUUAAUGUUGUUAAUAUUAAAUUAAAAUAUUUUUGAUGAUUUUAUAAAAUCUUAUUUGGUUUUUUAAUGUGGAUUGUAUUACAUCAUUAUGACUUUUAUUGACAAAUGGUGUUAUAACCAUAAAAUAUAUAAUAUAAUGUUUUAAACAUGAUACAAUUGUUAUUAUUGUUUUUUUUUUUUUAUAAAAAUAAAAAAAAUAUUAGAUAUAAAUUGUAAUUUGUAUAAAUUUGACCUAAACUGGCUUAACUCAUCAACAUUAUUAUUGUAAUUUUAUUUUUAACGUAUUAUAAUUGUUUAUAACUAUUGUGAUUGAUGUAUUCUUAUACUCUAAGAUAUUAAGUAUUAUGUAUUAUAAUAAAAAUUAUUUCCAACAA